ACUGUUUCUGUUUUCGAAUCUCUCCUCUCUCUAUAUAUAUCCACUCCCCAUUCCACUCUUCUUGGUCCAACUCAAACCAAAGAAAAAAUUCCUUAAACACCUUACAAUAAAAACUUUUUGUGAGUUCUUUCAUCCAAAACAUCCAAAUUCAAUAUAUUCAGAAUCUUACUGUUUUUUUUAAAAAAAAAAAGAAAAGAAGAAAGACUCCAUUCAAUUCAUUCAUUCAUAAAGAUUCCAUGAUGACAACACCAACCGAAGUGAUCACUCUAGAGCAAAUCAAAGAGCACCUCUUCGGAGAAUUCUCGCCGACGGCCUUGUUUUUCGGGCCGGACCUCAACAAUUGCUUGACCGGUACAACUACUACUACUACUACUACUACUACUAGUCAUCAUGAUCAAGCACUAUCUUUUUCUUCAAACUCAAGCAACAACAACAAUUCCUCCGACUCUUCCUUCACCUCCGAUGCCUCUAGUUUUGGCUACAACAAAAACUCCUCCUCCCCUUCACUUUCAGUCUGCGACUACUUUAGCUCCGGUGACGAGCAAACCCUUCUGGAUCAGUGUCUUGAUCAUUUUUCCCAGAUUGAAAGUGAUAUUUCCGGAGUUCACCUCGCCGGAAACUAUCUGGGCUAUGCUUCAGAUAUAAAUUUUUCUCGUACUGAUAAUGUGAAAACUAACCUUGCCAAGAUUGAACCCGUAGAUUUCACGGAUUAUGAAACCAAGCCUCAGAUCAUCGACCUUACAGCAUCGCCGCCGCCGCAGCCGAGAAGCCGGAAACCUAGCUUGAAGGUGGAGUUGCCGCCUCCUCCGGUGAAAAAAUUCGAGUGGAUUCAGUUUUCCCAGUCCGCGCCGGAGUUCACCUGCGUGAUGAAUGUUGUUGAGUCAAAGCCGAGUAAUUCCCAGAUGGUUGAUAAUGGACGGAAUAAGGCGGCGGCGGUUGAACAGGAUCACCGGCACUACAGAGGAGUAAGACAGAGGCCGUGGGGGAAGUACGCGGCGGAGAUCCGGGAUCCCAAGAAGCGGGGCUCCAGAGUUUGGCUUGGCACCUACGAAACCGCCAUUGAAGCCGCCAAGGCGUACGACAGAGCCGCGUUUAAAAUGCGCGGGACCAAAGCCAUCUUGAACUUCCCGCUGGAAGCUGGGAAGCACGCGGCGGAGUUACGCGCCGCCGAGGCCAAGAAGCGACAGCUGGAGGAGGCGGCGGCAACGGUGGCGCCGGAGGUAAAGAAAGUUGAUGUUAAAGAACCGGAAAAGAAAAAACGCCGGGAAUCUACGUCAUCAUCAUCAUCAUCGGUAGUAAAAACUGAGCCGAAGCUGACCGAGUCAAAUCAAUGGCCGUUUACGCCAUCAAGUAGUUGGAGUGCAAUUUUCGAACAGAAUGUGGAGUUGAUGGUGAUUUGAUCAUUAGUUGGGUCAUCGAAAUUUAAAAAUGAAAAAAAUUAAUCGUAUAUUUUUUGGUCGUAGUUAUGUGAAUAUUAUUUUAAGUUUUAUGUUUUUUGAACAUGAGCCAUCUCUCUCAAAAGAUAGGGAGAUGAAAUAAUAUUUGGCAAAUAGGAAGUUAAUAAGCUAGGUUUUAACCGCUUCUGUAACUUUUUUGAUAUGUGAUUAAUACAUAUUUUAUUCAUUCAUAUAAUUUCUUUAAACUGUCACGUGAAUAGAGUGAUCGAGAGAACACUAUGGUAUUAUGAUUAUUACAA